CUGCCCCCCGCCGCCCGCCUGCCCCCCCGCACCUUCCGCAGUUACCUGCCGCGCUCCCACCGCACCUACAGCUGCGUGCACUGCCGGGCGCACCUGGCCCGCCACGAGGAGCUCAUCUCCAAGUCCUUCCAGGGCAGCCAUGGCCGUGCCUACCUGUUCAACUCCGUGGUGAACGUGGGCUGCGGCCCGGCUGAGCAGCGCCUGCUGCUGACGGGGCUGCACUCGGUGGCCGACAUCUUCUGCCAGAGCUGCAAGACCACGCUGGGCUGGAAAUACGAACAGGCUUUCGAGAGCAGCCAGAAGUACAAGGAGGGGAAGUUCAUCAUCGAGAUGUCGCACAUGGUGAAGGAGAACGGCUGGGACUGACGCGGGGGCACGGCUGGGACUGGGGGGCACGCGGGGGCACGUUGGGGGGCUGGCACUGGGUGAACCCCUCCUUUGCACCUUCCCCGUGCCCCCCCCCCCCCCGGUCGCGGUGCCUGUCCCCAGCCGCGGGGGCUGCGGGGCUUUUCUAGGGCAAUAAAGGCUUUUUUUU